GCGGGGGCUGCUGGGAGUGCGGCGCGCUUCCCACCUCCACCGGCGAAGUCCGAGCACCCCGCGCCCGGCGUCUUCACUCCCUCGCGUUCGCUGACGAGGAAGGUCCCCAUACCGCGAACUGGUGCCUUCGGAAUAUGAUGGCAAAUCACCUUGUAAAGCCCGAUAAUAGAAAUUGCAAGAGGCCAAGAGAAUUGGAGUCUUCAGUGCCAGAUAGUCCACAGCUGUCCUCUCUUGGAAAAUCAGAUUCAUCUUUCUCUGAAAUUUCCGGACUAUUUUAUAAAGAUGAAGCCUUGGAGAAAGAUUUAAAUGAUGUGAGCAAGGAAAUUAAUCUAAUGUUGUCUACCUAUGCAAAGCUUUUAAGUGAGAGAGCAGCAGUAGAUGCAUCUUACAUUGAUGAGAUAGAUGAACUCUUCAAAGAAGCCAAUGCUAUUGAAAACUUUCUAAUACAAAAAAGAGAGUUCCUGCGACAGAGGUUUACAGUGAUUGCAAACACAUUACACAGAUAAAAUAUAUACUUGAAAUAAGCUGAGAAUUUAAACCUAUUAUUGUUAUAAUGAAAGAAUGACAUUUAUGCUUUGAAAGCUCUCGAGUUGUUAAAGAAAAUGUACAUCUCGAAUAGAGAAGGGGAAACUCCUUGAAUUUCUAGGUUUAAAAAGGAACUUUUAAAUUCCUUAAUGUUAAUAUUAAUGUUCAUGUUAAUGUCCUAAGCUGGCCAUUAACAUGAACUACAUCACUUUUCUUUUGAGGGUCAAAUAUUUAGUGCAUUUUAUAGAAGUGUAAAUUAUUUAAAUCUUAUGUGGAUUCUUUUAUUUUUUCCUUAAACUUCUUAGUGUUUCUUAAACUUCUAAAAAAGGAUUCAGUUAAUUUAUAAUGUUUAAUAAUAUUAUACUUUUAGAAUAUUUUGUUUAAAUAUCAGAUAGUUUUGGAGAUAAUUUUGAAAUUUUUUUUAUGGUCAGGAUUAUAAAAGAAGAUUAAAACCUUAGAGGUGAUUUUUCCAGUUUCUUAGAAUAUAAUGACAUAACUGUGUGCUAUUUCCAUUUGAUUACUUUCACUAUUAGUUAUUAUGUAUGACUAAUAAAAGCUCUUGGCUUAAAAUUAUUUUCUUGUGGUAAAAGUAGUAAAAUAAAAACCAGAAAUUACUCACCAGAACCUUGUAUGAGUUGGCUUUUUUACACAUCA